ACGCUAACCUCCGAACAAAUAAUUUAAUAACUCUUAUUCAUUUAAUAUCAAAUAAUAUUGAUAAUUUAAUUGCUGUUAGCAGCUAUUCAGUUUUGAUUAAUAAAAAAUCCAAUUCUGGCGGUCAACCUCGAGGAGAAAUAUGGAAUGCUUAUACUAUUGAACAAAAAAAUGAAAAUUAG